AUGUAUCCCUUUACAUCUCACCACUCGGACAGGAUUCGCAUGUUCAAUAAGGAUUCUCCAGGAAAUCUCUCCCUGUUCAUAUCAGACCUGACUAAAGAGGAUGAGGGAGACUACAGGUGUGAAGGCUCGACCUCCAGCUACAGAGACAUCUAUCUCAAAGUUAAAGGAUGCUCUCUAAUGGAAAAGAACACAAGAUAUGAGAUUGUGAAAAGCUCAGGAGAAUCUGCCCUGCUGCCCUGCACCUGUUCUCCUCUGCAUGCCAAACCUGAGAUUGUGACAUGGGAUGUCAUCAGACGGAGAGGGUCUCAAAACGGCUCAUCCAUUUCAGUAUCCAGCACAAGUGGACCCUACAAAGGCAGAGUUCAGAUGUUUAACCAACAUUCACCAGGAAAUGCUUCUCUGCUAAUAUCAGACCUGACUGAGGAGGACCAGGGAUUAUAUAAGUGCUAUCUUAAUGAGGAGGUCAAGAGAAUUAACCUCCUGAUCAAAGAUCUUCAUCCGAUAUUACCAACAAGCACGUCUACACCUAAAGCACCUAAAACACAAACGACAGUAACUGUAGAUAAAGACAUAGUGAAGAACGGAGGAAGCGAAACACCUCUAUACGUCUUCAUCCUUGUAGCUGUGCUGCUGUUGUUACUGCCGCUAGGAGGAGUCAUAUUCCUGUAUAAGAGACACAAAGGCCAAAAAGGAGGAAGUACACAGUCAGGAGGAAUGCAGGAGCGAAAUAAUGAUUCCUCAUUGACGUAUGAAGCUCUUCAGCAUCGCUACAAUGCAGAGCAAAUGUACUCAACCAUUGGGCAGAACGCUGGGGUCCAGGAUGAAGCCUCAUCAACGUAUGAAGCUCUUCAGCAUCGCUACAAUGCAGAACAAAUGUACUCAACCAUUGGGCAGAAUGCUGGGGUCCAGAAUGAAGCCUCAUCAACGUAUGAAGCUCUUCAGCAUCACCACAAUGCAGAACAAAUGUACUCAACCAUUGGGCAGAAUGCUGGGGUCCAGGCCACUGCUGCAGAUUAUGAAAAUCCGAGUUCAGAUUGAUGUUCCUGCAUGAUUCAGCAGAUGGCGCCAUCUCAACUCACCCCUCAGCAGUAUGUUGCAUCUCAACUCCCCCCUCAGCAGUUAUGUAUAAAGGUAUAUGUGGUGCAAAAGUCACGAGCACAUUUAACUGCAGAUUUCGCAUUCGCACACUAAAGUCACAAAUGUGUAACCGUACAUUUGAAGUUGUACAUAUUUUUUUCAUACCUUGUUAACACAAAAUAGGGCUACGGGUUCACGAAUCCGUUUUACAAGUUCACAAAACCGUUUUACAGAUACACGAAUUCUCACCUGUGCAUCACAAGUUCCUGGCCUCAUCCCCUCGAGACUUUUGCCCCAUUUACACUGCAACGAUUGGGGCAAAACACAUUCGCACAUCCGUGUUUCAUAGUCUGAGAACAUGCACAACAUUCGUGCAUUUGUAAACCCAAAUGUGAACUAAUGCAACAGAAGUUGUGCAUUUGCGAAAUAUUUUCUCAUUAAUAAAAGUCUUACAUGACUACAAGUGAAUUGAUACGAGCCUGUUAGCCCUGUGCCCUGAAAAUAGAAAAUGUGUCAUAUUGCAUGACGCAGUUUAGCACAGGAUAUGGAGGGAUGGUGUAAUGUUGGAUUUUUAUCUUUUGCUGAAACUGUCCCAUGCUUUAAAAAAAAAAAAAAAAAAAAAAAACAGGAAGUUACUGAGACUUGUAUGACUGCUGUU